GAGGCGGUCAGAGGCAGAAAUUAGUAUCGCGUUUACUUAAUAGUCCGUUUUUUCUGGCUGUAAAUCGGUGACAGCAAGUCGAGGGCUUAUAAAACACUCAGACAUCACCUCUACCAGGAAAGGAGGCUCCUGUGAUGUGUUGUUGAACUGUCAUUCACCGCUGUGGGAACGGCAGGCUCAAUGUGCUGGUAAAGGCUGUCAGCAUAUCAGCUAUAGAAGACCCGUCAGACGAUGAACUACGUGGGCCAGCUGGCAGGCCAGGUGUUCGUCCAGGUCAAAGAGCUGUACCGAGGCCUGAACCCGGCCACCCUGUCCGGCUGCAUCGACGUCAUCGUAGUGAGGCAGCCCGAUGGAUCCCUGCAGUGCUCACCUUUCCAUGUCCGCUUCGGGAAGAUGGGAGUCCUCCGGUCCCUGGAGAAAGUGGUGGACAUGGAGAUCAAUGGAGAGCCAGUGAAUCUACACAUGAAGCUUGGGGACAAUGGAGAAGCAUUCUUUGUGCAAGAAACAGAAAAUGAUCAGGAAGUGGUUCCCUCCUACCUGGCCACCUCUCCCAUCUUGUCGGACGGGGCCCUCCUGAUGAGCUCCUCCCUGCUGGGGAAGGGCUCCGGGCCCCCCAUACAGACACUGGGCUCCACGGGGGCCGCUGGGGAGACUGGCAAUGGGAUGAUGAAGAAGAGGAGGAAGAGAAGGAGGAAGGUCCGGGCGGACAGUGUGAGGAAGGAGGACAGUGGUGACUACUCCGAGGACGAAGACAUGUUCACCAUAGACAUCAGCUCGGAUGAAAUGACGAUGAUAGGGAGCAACAGGACUUCUCGGGACGUUUUAAGAGAUGAGACAACAGUCGCCCCCGGCAGCUCUUUCAAACAGUCUGGCAUCUACACUCGCUCAGAUGGAGACUGGAGCCCCAUUCAGAGUCCUGGAAACUCUCGUCCCACUUCUCCCAAGAGCGACUCUGAGCUAUUGACCAAGCCGUCAGACGCAGCCAAUCAGGAUCCAGCCAUGCACUGGGCGUGGGGAGAGCUCCCGCAGGCUGCCAAGCCGUCUUUCCUGCAAGAGAAAACCAACCCUCCGUCAGUUUGCCCGGUAACCAUCCCAGUCUCUGAAAGCACACACUUCCGCGUGAUAACUCAUGAGACGGAACAGAGUGGACCCUGCGCUGAAAUAUCAGCACUCACCCUGAUGAUGCCACAGGAGACUAAUGGGGACACAGUUGGGAUGGAGGCCAUGACAGCCGGAGGUGUAGCAGCUCAGAUGUCUGAAAUGGAGGAGACGAUGCCUCUACCACCGGGAAAAACCGACUCUCCAUCCAAGAGAAAAGACAAGAGAAGCCGCCAUCUUGGGUCUGAUGGGAUUUACCUGGAUGACAUCACAGACCUCGAGCCUGAAGUGGCGGCCCUUUAUUUCCCUAAGAGUGACGGUGUUGUGGCGGUGCGCAGCGACUCAGACCCUGGCCCCCACGGCAGCAGCAUGUCCCCACAGUCCCUCAGCUCAGGGGGGGACAGCGGAGUGGACAGCUACUGCGACCCUUUGGCGGACAUGCCGACUAUCACCAUCUCUCUGUGUGGAGGACUCAAUGACAACAGGGAGAUCACUAAUGAGCAGUUCCACGAGAAAAUAAUCUCUUACCAGCAGUUUUCGGAAAACCCCUCCAUCAUCGACGACCCCAACUUGGUCGUGAAAAUUGUCUCCAAAUACUAUAAUUGGAGCUCUGCGGCUCCACUUAUGCUGGCUUUGCAGGCCUUUCAGAAACCGCUGCCAAAGGUUGCAGUGGAGAACAUUAUGAAGGAGAAGAUGCCAAAGAAAGGAGGGAGGUGGUGGUUCUCCUGGCGAGGCAGAAACAGCAGCGCCAAAUCUGAUUCUCUGAACGUGGGGGCCUGCGGUUAUGAUGAGCAGGACGGGAAAAUGUCUAGCAGACACAAAGAAGACUCUUCCUCCAGUGAUGAAGACCACAGGACAGCCUUACAGAGCUCUGCGCCCGGCCAAUCAGAGCCCGGCCUUACACCAGGAGGUGUGUCUUAUAAGAAAACACUCCGACUCACAUCAGAGCAGCUGCUGUCCCUCCAGCUGCAGGACGGUCCUAACGAUGUUGUGUUCAGCGUGACCACUCAGUACCAGGGGACGUGUCGCUGUCAGGGAACCAUCUACCUCUGGAACUGGGACGACAAGAUCAUUAUCUCUGACAUAGAUGGAACUAUUACCAGGUCGGACACACUGGGUCACAUCCUGCCCACACUGGGGAAGGACUGGACCCACCAGGGCAUUGCACAGCUCUACCACAAAGUCAGCCAAAAUGGCUACAAGUUCCUGUACUGUUCCGCUCGAGCUAUCGGCAUGGCUGACAUGACCAGAGGUUACCUCCACUGGGUCAACGAGAGAGGCACCAUGCUUCCUAUUGGCCCUGUCCUCCUCAGCCCCAGCAGCCUCUUCUCAGCUCUGCACAGGGAGGUGAUUGAGAAGAAACCCGAGAAAUUCAAGGUGGAGUGUCUCAACGAUAUCAAGAACCUCUUCUUCCCCAACACCCAGCCUUUCUAUGCAGCGUUUGGCAACAGACCAACGGAUGUAUAUUCCUAUAAAGAAGUCGGGGUGCCACUGAACAGGAUUUUCACCGUUAACCCAAAAGGCGAGCUAGUGCAGGAGCAUGCCAAGACCAACAUCUCAUCGUAUGUGCGUCUGGGUGAGGUGGUGGACCACGUGUUCCCCCUGAAGAUGCGAUCCUCCUCCUCAGACUUCCCCUGCUCGGACACCUACAGCCACUUCACCUACUGGAGGCAGCAGCUCCCCCGGGUGGAGCCUCAGGGCACUACGCCUCCACAGAGCCCGCUCCCCAGCAGCUGACCGCCCGUGGCCUGCUGAGCACUGACAUGUGUGUGAUUUUAUUUUUUUGUAGAAGAUCGAGCACUUUGAGGGCACAGCAGGGGCCACUUGUUAAAUCUGCUGUGAAAACUCUUAUAACGCACAAGAUGGAUGUAAGCGCACUUUUAUGAGAAAGAUGGCCUCCGUAGCUUUCUGACUAGAUGUAUAUGAGAAAUGAUAGUAAUUUAUUCAGGCAGCUUAGUACAUAUAUCAUUUUCGAGUGAGUGUUGAUAUUCUUUCAGAAGCUAUAGACCUUUUAUAUGAGGUAUGUAUGUGGAGAGUGACAUAAUGUAUUUAUGGCAUCUGUGCAUCAAACAGAACAAAGCCACUCUGUUGCCACAGCAGAGAGUGAGUUAUUUCAACUUGUGCCAAAUAGUAGAUGCAGAAUUUAUUUUCUUACUCUGAAGAUUGAGACUGUUACAUAUCCUCAGCAUGGAAAUGCAGA